GAACCCCAUCUUUACCCUUCUCACCCCUCUCGUCCCCACCAUAAAAACACAAACCCUCUCUUUCAAAACCCAAUUUCCCUCUUUUCUUUCUUCUUCAUUUCCAAUCAAAAUGCGUGAGAUCCUUCACAUUCAGGGUGGCCAAUGUGGCAACCAGAUCGGUGCCAAGUUCUGGGAAGUGGUGUGUGCCGAACACGGCAUAGACCCCACCGGAAGAUACGAUGGUGACUCAGAUCUUCAGCUGGAAAGGAUCAAUGUUUACUAUAACGAAGCAAGUUGUGGUCGUUUUGUGCCCCGCGCAGUUCUUAUGGACCUUGAGCCCGGUACUAUGGAUAGUGUCCGGUCUGGACCGUACGGUCAGAUUUUUAGACCGGACAACUUCGUUUUCGGUCAGUCCGGUGCUGGGAACAACUGGGCUAAGGGUCAUUACACUGAAGGUGCUGAACUCAUUGAUUCUGUGCUUGAUGUUGUUCGCAAGGAAGCUGAGAACUGCGAUUGCUUGCAGGGUUUUCAAGUGUGCCAUUCUCUUGGUGGAGGAACUGGGUCUGGAAUGGGUACCCUGUUGAUUUCUAAGAUCAGGGAAGAAUACCCAGAUAGAAUGAUGCUUACUUUCUCGGUUUUCCCAUCUCCCAAGGUUUCUGACACUGUGGUGGAACCCUACAAUGCUACUCUAUCCGUUCACCAACUUGUUGAAAAUGCAGAUGAGUGCAUGGUGCUUGACAAUGAAGCCUUGUAUGACAUUUGCUUCCGCACCCUCAAACUCACCACCCCAAGCUUUGGUGACCUGAACCACUUGAUAUCAGCAACCAUGUCUGGUGUCACAUGUUGUUUGAGGUUCCCCGGUCAAUUGAACUCUGAUCUGAGGAAGCUUGCAGUGAAUCUCAUUCCCUUCCCUCGCCUUCACUUUUUCAUGGUUGGGUUUGCCCCUUUGACCUCAAGGGGUUCUCAGCAGUACAGGGCUCUGAGUGUUCCUGAGCUCACCCAGCAAAUGUGGGAUGCCAAAAACAUGAUGUGCGCUGCUGACCCUCGCCAUGGCCGAUACCUCACUGCCUCAGCUAUGUUCCGAGGCAAGAUGAGCACCAAGGAGGUUGAUGAACAAAUGAUCAAUGUCCAGAACAAGAACUCCUCCUACUUUGUGGAAUGGAUUCCAAACAACGUGAAAUCGACUGUUUGUGACAUUCCCCCGACAGGCUUGAAGAUGGCCUCAACAUUCAUUGGAAACUCCACAUCCAUUCAAGAAAUGUUCCGGAGGGUGAGUGAGCAGUUCACAGCUAUGUUCAGGAGGAAGGCUUUCUUGCAUUGGUACACUGGUGAAGGCAUGGAUGAGAUGGAGUUCACUGAGGCCGAAAGCAACAUGAAUGAUCUUGUUUCAGAGUAUCAGCAGUACCAAGAUGCCACUGCGGAUGAGGAAGAGUAUGAGGAGGAAGAUGAUGAGUAUGAGCAAAAUGAAAUCUGAUUCUGAAACUUGGGGCAUUGUGCAUUGCGGUGGUGUUAGAUGAACAAUGGGAAAACCGCAACUUCCUGUUGCCGGUUCAUUUGUCUCUUUUUUGGGGGGAUAGUUCUGUUCCGGCUAGCACUAGUUGUUGAAGUUAUAUUGCUGUUCUAUAAAUUUGGUUCUGUUUUUUAUGUUUUCUAUGUAAACCUGUUGGUAGGAAAGACUAAACAACUGCUAUUAUUAUUUAAAGCGCAAAUGUUUCAU